AUUUAGGCUUUAUCAAGCCUUCGUCCAUCGUCCGCCACCCAACCCGAUGAAUCACACACAACACCGAUCAAGGAGAACGUAAAAUCACCACCACCCAACGAUCAAACGACAUCCAAAUAUCGUGAUAAACCACCCAGUGACGAUGAACUAUCUAUUGAAUCAUUUGAAAAGACGUAUUCAGGCGAUGCGGAUUUUGAUGAUUUCCUUACUUCAGAAAAAAAGACGGGCUACUUUGACAUGGAUAAUAAAGAACUCGAUUGGUCGCCAGACGAUAAUACAACUACAAAUCACGCAUUGAAAUCGGCGGCUCCCACCAGUUACACAUCCCCACCACCUAUUUAUUCACGGUUAUCGGCUCCUUCCAGUCGAUACGCUGUGGCUGCGGAACAUGAUUUGAAUCGCACACGUUCAGGCAGUCUCAGUAGCGAAAACAGUUUAACGUCGCAAUCAACCAUUACUGCCGGUUCGAAUCAUUAUUCUCGUUACGGCAUGACGCCCGUGAUUCAUCCUUCCGAAUCGACAUCCACUUCGUCACGGUCCCUCAGUCGACUGAGUAAUUACUCGGCAGGCAGCCAAGCGUCGUCUCAAAAUUCGAGUAUUCCAAGACCUCGUACGGGCUCGGCCGCUUCCAGUGGCAUGCCUACCCCGAGUCGCUCCAUCACCACGCGCCAUUCUCCUACCAAAUCCACCGAUGAAAAACCAAUGUUACCACGUGCAAGUUCAAGAAUUGGCACCCAUUUGUCCCCCAGUUCAGGCCCGCGACAGAAACUGGCCAAACGAGCUUCGCAUAUACCCGCUCCACCGUCCUCUUCGUCGUUUGGAAAACCGAUGCCUCAACGUACCACCUCCAAUUCCUCAUCACGUUCUGCCGGUCAGCCACCGACCCAAGCGAGAUCCGUCAGUCGCAUUGGCCGAGCAAGUCACAUCCCCACCGUGCGCGAAUCAAGUACACAAAAAGCUACGCGAUCGCCCAUUUUAAGCCCCAGCGAUCCUGCCACACGACGGUCCAAUGCGUUAUCGCGGCCAACGUCGCCACCCAAUGCGCAAACACACCAUCAAAGUCCGUCUCGUCUUGGUAUGCGAAGCGCCAGUGCGUGCGGACCAAGACAAAGUAUUUUUGAUACGAAACCGGAUCAUCCGGCUUCAGGGUCUCACGCACGUCCAGGUUUAGCGUCUCAACAACCCCGUUCACGGACAUCCGAAGCGUCUUCUCUCGAUUCACCCGAACGUCGUAACGUCUCGGCUCACGGUUCAAAUCGUUCAUCGGGACUUCGUCCACCGGGUGGGGCAAGGAGCGUCAGCAGAAUUGGCACGGUAAAGAAAGCAUGAUCACUCCUGUUUUUUUUUUGAAAUCGAUGGGCCUCCAAAUUUUCAAAGCAUCCUAUUAUUUUUGCGACUUUUUUCUCCUCGAUCUCCUUCAUUAACGGUCUUCCCUGUUACUGUUUUUCCCUCUUUCUUUUUUAUUACUUUUUCUUUUCAAUACAUUUUAAGUUACCCCGUUCUUCAUGCGUACAUAGAAAGCAAGUCCAGAUUUCUCUUUUCUUUUCUUCCCCCUCAGCUUGCUUCUACACAGUGUCCACAAAUUUCACUAAUUAAAAAGGAUACGAGCCGACCCA